AUGACCUUAACACUGGCUCCUGGCCCAGCAGCAGGCCCCAGAGGUGUCCAGCAGCAAGCCCCAGAGGUGUCCAGCAGCAGGCCCCAGAGGUGUCCAGCAGCAGAUCCCAGAAGGUGUCCCGCUCCAGGCCCCAGAAGCACAACUCUGAAAAGCCAGCCCGAGUUGCUCAGUGCACAGCUCAGUACUGAAGCUGAGAAGCCCAGGGCUGGCCAGAAGAAGUCCACUGACUGCCUCAGGCUCUCGGGUGUAGUGUCUGAAUGCCUGGUAGCAGGAACAGAAGCCAAUGAUUGUCUCAGGCCAGCGUCUCCCACCUUGGGAGGUUUCCUAAGGGGACUCAUGGCUGCUGGGCCUCUUGGUUUAGAAAUGGAAUAGAGAUCCGUUAUGAGAGAAAGCAACUGAUUCCUGAAGAAGCAGUGCGGAAGUGCCUUCAACGUGUCCCAAGAUCUGAACAUCUAUGGAUUAAUGGUAGCAGAUGGGAAGGAAAAGGGUCUAUAUCAUGCUAACUUUGUGACAGUAACAGCUGCAGUAGCGGCAGCAGGAACAGAGUUGCCAUUUCUACCUCAGGGUUUGACAAACUGCAUAGGAAAUUCGAUGGAAUCUUGUGUGGACAUCACUGUGUUGAUAGAGUGCAAUUUUUCUCUAUAUGACAAAAAUAUCCCAAGAAAUGGAAAAUCUCAGAUAAUCCCUUUACUCUCGAACCUUUAAGAGCUGGAUCUGUCAUCCAACAGAAAGGUGGGUGCCUCUUCCAGAACCCUCCUCAGCAGGUUCCGGUUUUUACCAGCCCUGAAGUCAUUACUUAUCAAGAGUUGUGCUUUGGAAAGUGAGACUUUCACAGCCUUUGCCGAAGCCUCUGUUUACGUCCCUGCUCUAGGAAUACUUGACCUGUCUUGGAAUAAGUGUGGUAACCUGGAGCUGCUUCUUCAAACACUGAAGCUGUCACGGUCGCUCCAAGUGCUGAGGCUAAGCAGCUGCGCCCUGGUGACAGAGGACGUGGUUCUUCUUGGUUUCCUCAUGUGGACAAGCCAUCUAGCUGAGCUGCAGAAGCUUGACCCGAGCUACAACGACAACAUCUAUGACACCGGAUGCAUCUUCUGCCAAAACCUCUGCUUCCUCAAACAGCUAACAGAACUAGACAUCAGCCUCCGGCCAUCGAGUUCCCGGGGUUGUGGUCAAUGGUUUAGGCACUUAUUGUGUGCUGUGACCAAACUUCCUGUGGUCACUGAGAUAGGGAUGAGAAGAUGGGCUGUCCCAGCCUCGCAUGGGGAAGGAUUAGAAUGCUUCUCCCACACCUACAGAAGGGGCAUUCAGCUUGACCAUGGUGGGUCUCAGGGGGCUGCUUCCUAA